ACCAAUUUUUGUUUCUCCAAAGUCUCUUAAAAGAUUUUGAUGCUAUUCAUAUUAAAACCUGGGACGAGUAAAUGUAAUGCGCAAAUCAGUUGAAUCAUCAGGGUCUGAAGCACUCAAGGCAUCAAUAGCUUCUGUGAGGAAAUAUGGUGGAGCAACUGAGGGAUACAGAACGAUGCUAGAUGCGCUCAUCCCAGCUUCACAAGUUCUUGAAGAGAAUCUGAGCGCUGGAGUGGACCCAGUAACUGCUUUUAGUGUGUCAGCUGUAGCAGCAACUAAAGGAGCGAAAUCAACCAUACAGAUGCAAGCUCAGGCUGGGAGAUCGAGUGCAGAGAAUCUUGCAACAGUUCCAGAUCCAGGUGCAAUGGCUGCAGCAGUAUGGUACAGGGCGGCGGCAAGAGCCGUGAGGAAGAAACAGCAUCUAAAACCUUACGAAGGUAGCGUUGUUCCCAAAAGCCCCACUGUCCCUUCUCGAGAUGGUGUUUUCUACUUUGACUUCCCAGAUAUUGGUAGGCAUACGUGUCGAGACCCUACAUUUGUCAAAACUCUUGGUGCUGUCGAGGUGACUCCCUCCGGUGGCUCUCCACGCUCUACGGUUGGGCAGUCCGACAGACUCUCUUGCAACCUUGGGGCCUUGGUGUCGGUUCGAAAAUGGGGCAUAAUUCGCUUCAAGAAAAACGGUGAGAAUAAAACGUUCGUAGCUCGGCAAGGAUGUCGGAUCACUGUACCAUUUGGAGGCAUUGUCACAUAUUGCAACAGUAUCGUGGAGAUUUUUCAUCAUAGUGGCUUUUGGUGGAACAGUUACCUCUUGUCGUACUACUCUAUCCCUCCCAAAGGUGUAGUUGACUUCCUUCGCUCUCCUGACAAAACAAACAUGGGUUACGUUACCAGUAGAGUAGCUGAAGAUGAAGAUGAAGAAUGACUCAGGACAGACUUUUCCUUAUUUUGGUUAUCAAUGUAGACUUGCAAUGCUAGUUUUUUUUUUGUACCUUGCUUUCUUCUCUUUGCAUUAGGAAUCUGAUUACUAUUCUCGUUCAUUUUUUCUUGGUGGUUUUGUUCAUAUCUUGCCUAUCUUGUUCUCUGGGACUGCAAUUAUGUGUUUGUAUGCUAGUUGGUUGAAAGCAUUAUAAUUUUACAUUCACAAUAA